UCCAUUACGCUUCCUAAAAGCUUUUACAACUUAUCCAAAAAUGUCAAACUCCUUUUGGCGUUUACUCUCUCUCGUUUCCAUCCUCCACUGUGUCGCUGCCCUCCAAUGUCGUCCCGACCAAACCGAGACCCUUAAACGUUUUAGAAACGAGUUUGAUUUCUCCAGAAUCUGCAGGGACGACACCAACUUCUUCAGCGGUGUGGUCUGCGAUAACACGACCGGUGCCGUCACUAAACUUGUACUCCCUGGUGGAUGUUUACGUGGCACUCUCAGACCAAACAGUAGCCUCUUCGAGUUGAGUCAUCUCCGUUACCUAAACCUCUCUUUCAACAACUUCGAUUCUUCUCCCUUGUCCUCUGCUUUUAGUCAACUCUACAAUCUUGAGGUUUUGCUUCUCUCCUCUAAUGGCUUUCUCGGCCAAGUUCCUUCUUCAAUACGCAACCUUCCCAAUUUAACCAUUUUACAGCUUUCCCACAACAAGCUCACUGGUGAUUUAGCUCCAGUUGUACAUAAUCUAACCAAUCUUUCAGUUUUAGACCUUUCUUUUAAUCAGUUCUCUGGAACCAUACCUUCUUCUCUCUUCACCAUGCCUUCCUUGUAUUUUCUUGAUUUGAGGGACAAUCAUCUCACUGGCUCAUUUGAAAUCAAAAAUAUUUCUUCUUCUAAACUCGAGACUUUACAGCUUGGGGAUAACCAUUUUGACAUAAGCGGCCACUCAAUUGACUUGACACUCUUCUCUUCUCUCCAAUCGUUGUCACACCUUGAUCUUUCCGGAAACAGUUUAACACCAACGAGUGUGAAUUCAGACAUCCAAUUUCCAAAGAACAUGACAAGCUUGCUCUUGUCAGGAUGCAACAUCAGUGAAUUCCCUAGAUUCUUGAAGUCCUUGAGGAAGUUAUCGUAUCUAGAUCUUUCCAACAACAGAAUCAAAGGGGACGUUCCUGAUUGGUUAUGGAGUCUUCCUCUUUUAGCCUCUCUGGAUCUUCACAACAAUUCACUCACCGGUUUCGAAGGUUCCUUGGAUGACGUUUUAGCCAAUUCAGCGGUUCAGGUAUUAGAUAUUGCUUUAAACUCUUUCCAAGGUUCAUUGCCUAAUCCACCACUCUCUAUCAUCCACUUGUCUGCUUGGAACAAUAGUUUCACAGGAGAGAUUCCUCUCUCAGUCUGUAACCGAACCGCUCUCGAUCUUCUUGAUCUGUCCUACAACAACUUCACCGGGCCAAUCCCUCCUUGUAUGGGUAAUUUCUCUAUAGUGAAUCUCCGGAAAAACAAGUUGGAAGGAGACAUUCCAGACAAGUUUUAUAGUGGUGCUUUGACACAGUCUCUUGACCUUGGAUACAAUCGUCUAACCGGAAAGCUUCCAAGAUCACUCCUGAAUUGCUCUCACCUAAGUUUUCUACCUCUAGAUCACAACAGACUCAAUGAUACGUUUCCCUUCUGGCUCAAGGCAUUGCCGAAUUUGAAAGUCCUUACUCUCAGUUCAAACAGAUUCUAUGGUCCUAUAUCUCCACCUGAUGAUCAAGGUCCUCUUGCAUUUCCCAAGCUCCAGAUACUUGAAAUAUCCCAUAACAGAUUUACCGGAAGCUUACCAACAGAUUACUUUGCGGACUGGACUGAAACAUCCGCCAAGAUGAAUGAUGAAGAGAGGCUAUAUAUGGGAGAUUACUCGAAUGAGCGGUUUGCUUAUGAAGAUACUUUGGAUUUGCAAUACAAAGGUCUAUACAUGGAGCAAGGGAAAGUUCUUACUUUCUACUCUGCCAUUGAUUUCUCUGGAAACAAACUCGAAGGAGAGAUUCCAGAAUCUAUUGGUCUUUUGAAAACAUUGAUUGCCCUCAACUUAUCAGCCAACUCAUUCACAGGACAUAUCCCAAAGUCUUUCGCCAACGUGGCUGAGCUCGAGUCAUUAGACCUGUCAGGGAACAAACUCUCAGGGGAGAUUCCGCAAGAAAUGGGGAGGCUAUCGUACUUGGCGUACAUAGAUGUCUCUGAUAAUCAGCUCACUGGUAGUAUACCACAAGGGACACAAAUCAUAAGCCAGCCUAAAUCAUCAUUUGGAGGGAAUCAAGGGUUAUGCGGUCUGCCUCUUGAAGAAAGCUGUUCAAGCGAAGACGCACCAUCGACACAAGAUCCCGAAGAAGAAGAAGAAGAAGAAGAAGAUGGUAUAUUGGAGUGGAGAGCAGCAGCAAUAGGGUAUGGGCCAGGAGUGUUGUUUGGAUUGGUAAUAGGACAUGUUGUUGCUUUGUACAAGCCGGGGUGGUUCACCAAGAGUGAUAAACAGAACAAGCUUAGGGGCAUCAGACACCUUUAGGAUUGAUUUUUUUUUUCCUUUUUGAUUUUGUAUAUAGUUUGAUCUUUGAAUGUGUGUCAAGUUAUUCAAAAAACAUGUUUUUGGCAGAGGAGCUCUGUUCUGAUAA